CAACAGUAGGCAGAUAAUGAGAAAAAUUGUUGUGAAUAUGAAAGUUAAAGAAUUUCGUAUUGAAGAAGUGUUCUACACGCACAAGCGCUUGGCUAGCGCUGUCAUAACACAGUUAGAGAAGUGUAAAAAUAAAUUAAGAAAGUAAAAACAGAUAAGGUUAUUUCUUAAAAAUUAUUAUUUAUUAGCGUGCAUAUAUUUUUAGAUUAAUUUUAUACCGUUAUGUGUGUGCAGAUGUUUGAUAUAGAAUAAUAUCCAGUGAAGUUAUACACGAGUUUACAACUAAGCGGUGCGAAAUUCGAAAUUUUAAAACGAAGCGGAAAGUCAAUAAAAGAUUAACUAAGUAUUAAAUUACACAAUUUUAUAUAUCAAAAAACGUAAAAAUAGAUUCAUAAUCAUACACCCUCGUCGGGUGAUGUAAAAGACGUAGAAUACAAAAAAUUCAGCACCGAAAUGGAGGAUAUUGAAAUGGCAAAUUCGAAAGCAGAAAAAACUAAAUCAGAAGUGGAAAAAACAAAGGAGGAUGAUGGAAUCGAAAACAUAAAUGUGGCAAGCACGUCACAACUUUCCCAACAAAUCGCUACUGACCCACCUGAGCAGUCUGAGCAACCUGAGCAGUCUGAGCAACCCGAGCAGUCUGAGCAACCCGAGCAGCCUGAGCAAUUAUAUAUGGUUAGCGUACCCAUAGACUGCUUAGCAAUGGAUAAUAGAAUCGAAAACAUAAAUAUGGCAAGUUCGUCUCAACUUUCUCAACAAAUCGAAACCGAACAGCCUGAGCAAAGUUAUAUGGUUCGUAUACCUUUAGAUCGUAAAAUAAAUAUGACAAGUUCGUCGGAACUUCCCCAACAAAUCGAUAAUGAGAGUCCCGAGCAACCUGAGCAACCUGAGCAGUCUAAGCAGUCUAAGCAACCUGAGCAGUCUGAGCAACCUGAGCAGUCUGAGCAACCUGAGCAACCUGAGCAGCCUGAGCAAAUAUAUAUGGUUAGCGUACCCAUAGACUGCUUAGCAAUGGAUAAUAGAAUCGAAAACAUAAAUAUGGCAAGUUCGUCUCAACUUUCUCAACAAAUCGAAACCGAACAGCCUGAGCAAAGUUAUAUGGUUCGUAUACCUUUAGAUCGUAAAAUAAAUAUGGCAAGUUCGUCGGAACUCCCCCAACAAAUCGAUUAUGAGAGCACCGAGCAACCUGAACAACCGGAGCAACCCAUGCCGCCGGAGCAACCGGAGCAGCCUGAACUACCUGAACAGCCCGAGCUACCUGAGCGAUCCGAACCACCAGUACAUACCGACCUACCACUACAGCCUGAGCUACCUGAACGUUCCGAUCAACCUGCGCAACCCGAGCUACCUGAGUGGUCCGAGCUACCUGUUCAACCCGGGCUAUCUGAGCAAGUAUAUGUGGUUAGCGUACCCAUAGAACGCUUAGCAAUGGACAAUGGAAUUGAUAACAUAAAUAUGGCAAGUUUAUCAAAACAUUUCGAACAAACCGAAACCGAAGAGCCUGAGGAAACUUAUAUGGUUAUCAUACCUUUAGAUCGUAAAAUAAAUAUGGCAAGUUCGUCGAAACUUCCCCAACAAACCGAUAAUGAAAGGCCUGAACAGCAUAAGCAGCCUGAGCCGCCUAAGCAGCCUGAGCCGCCUGAACAUCCUGAGCAGCCUGAACAUCCUGAGCAGCCUGAACAUCCUGAGCAGCCUGAACAUCCUGAGCAGCCUGAACAGCCUGAGCAUCCUGAACAACCUGAGCAGCCUGAGAAUCCAGAGCUGCCUGAGCAUCCUGAGCAGACUGAGCAUCCAGAGCUGCCUGAGCAGCCUGAGCAUCCUGAACAGCCUGAGCAGCCUGAGCAUAGUGAUAUGGUUAGCACACCUUUAGACCGCUUAGAAAUGGAUAAUAGAAUCCAAGACCCAAGUAUUGGGAAUUCGCCAAAACGUCACAAAAAUAAUGAUACUGAGCCAAAUUAUAUAGUUAGCAUACAUUUAGACCGCUUAGAUUUCCUUUUAUCCUCCUUACGAAAGGGUCGUACUCAAUCUAAGAAUUUAACACCGCGCACCAGUGAUGAUAAACUUGCGGCAGGAUCAAUAGAUACAGCGAGUUCAACGCAAGCACACACAGGAAAAAAAGCUGAUCAACCCAGCGAUGUUGUCAAUAGAUCAAAGAAAACGCAUAUAGUGGACGUAAAAAAAUCAAACGAAAAUGAUCUUCAUUCAGACGGAUACGAUUCUUAUGACGCCGAGUCAAAACCUGAACAACCGAUCGAUGUAGUCGACGUAAUUGAAACUAUCGAAACUGAUAACAGCGAAGAUUAUCUUUAUUCAGACGAAUAUGAUUCUUAUGAUGCGAAUUCAAAGCAAACACACGCAGAGUCCAAACCUGAACAACCAAUCGAUAUAAUCGACGGAUCAAAGCAAACGGACACAGAGUCUAAACCUGAACAACCGAUCGAUGUGGUCGACGUAAUCAAAACUAUCGUAACUGAUAACAGCGAAGAUGAUUUUAAUUCAGACGAAUAUGAAGCUGAUGAUGAAGAUUCUAUUAUUGGCGCUAACGAUAGUAGAAGAAAAUUUUUCAUUGACGCUGAUAGUGAUGAUGAGAGAUCCUUUAAUGAUGCUCAUUAUGAUGGUGAUAGUGAAGGUAGUGUUUUCGAUGAUGACCACGUUGGCAGCAGUGAUGACGAUAGUGAAUAUAGCGGUAUCGAUGAUGAGAGCGACAUUGAUAAUAGCGACCCUAGAAGCACUGAUGACGAAAAUAGCUGUGCUGAUGAUGAAGAUGAUGAUGAUGGUUAUGGCGACAGUAAGAGCAGUGAUAAUACUUUGGAAACUCUUACAUGUACUUCUUAUAGUUCGGAUUAUAGUAGUGAUUAUUAUGAUAUCUGUGACCUUGAUACGUCAUAAGAAGAUGGCACGCAGAUAAUACAAUAACUGCAGCGAUGCUCACAAAUUAGUUAAUUAUUAAAAAAAGAUUUUAUUAUUAAUAAAAAGCAAAUAUUAAUAUCAACCAAACGCUUACGCCACAACAUCACUCUCGGUUGAAAGUGAAUGAUUUAAAACUCAAAAUCAAAGAAUGAAAUGGUAACACUUUCCUCCAACUCGGAGUUAAGACCAAGAAGAGUUCGUCGACCAAACCGAAGUUACCCUAUAAUUAAUUCUAGUUUAUUUGCAUCAUCGAAUGCGCCAUCAAUGUGUCGCAAA